GGUAAAGGCGAUGCUUUUUAAUUUUUUUUAUGGAUCAUACAGAAGCCAGCCUAGGCUACUUAGUUUCCUAAUAGGCUGCACUAAUAUCAAACGAGGAAAAUGUGUAAUAUUUGACGGAUACAGCUGUUUCUCGUGCCGCGUUCACGUGCUAGUCAGAACUAGGAAACUCAUUUCUGACUCGUUGAACUGGGCAAAACUAAUCAGUUAGCGAGUCGGACAUUUCAGAGUUUGCUUAGUUCCGAUAAGCACGUGAACGCGGUAUCAGUCAAUGAACAAGCGUGUGUUCAGACAGUCUUGUCAAGCUUCUCCGCCUGAUGACCAAUGGACAGGACAUCUACUUCAUGGGUCAUCAUGACGAAGUGCCUGGAGAUAUGCGCGUUAGCCUGCUAGUCGGAACUAGGAAACUCGGAAAUGUCCGAUUAGUUAGCUAAUCGUUUAUGACUACAACCGGUUAGUAAAUUUGACAUUUCAAAGUUUCCUAGUUAUGACUGGCACGUGAACGCGGUAUUAGUCAGGCGCAGUCAUACAGUGUGUGUAUAUAUCUGGUUAGGUGCACCUUCACCUCAGUAGGUGGCGGUACUUACUGUAAACGUCAUGGACACCUGUUUCAGAGAAUAGAGCAAGAUGGCUCCAUGGGAACCAGGAAGUAAAUAAAUGUCAUUGAAGAGAUUGAAGCAAAGAGACUCGAUAGAGCCUCGAGAAGAUCAAUUAUGACAAUUUCAAAUCGUUUGCGAUCUGUCCUUCAGCAACACGAAAUUUGCCAUGACCACCAUAGACGAGGGUAAUCCCUUGCCGAUCAGCGGAGCUGUCCUUUCAGCACAACCCACACUAUCGGGGCCAGUUUGCAUGCCUGGGGGGAUGAAUGGGAUUUCGUUUGUGAGAUACCUAUAUUAGAGCCUGCAUGGCCCUCCCACCACCAGUGUACUGAAUGCAAAUACUAAAGACAACAUGAUCCUGAGAGUGUUUUUCCCACCACCAGUGUAACGAGUUGGAAAGAAAACUGCCCGCCCAAGCAUUGAUGAGGCCCGAAAGUCAUAAUGAAGCGUAGAGGUAUCUAAAAACAACUGGAGCCUUGCCACCACCUAUUGCUUGAAGUGUGCAUUUUGAAUGAUUUGUUUUCAACCCAGGUCUGUCUCAGCACUGAGGGGAAUGCCUCCACCAGAGGGUUCUGGUCCUAACCCUAACCACUGGGCCCUCUCAGAGUUACUGGGCCAGAGGAGGCUUGUGGUGUUGGGGGUGCUAGUAGCAUGGAUGGUCCUCUUCCAUCUCCUGGUGAAUGUGUGGCUCCUCUGUCUCUUCACCAGCCUGCUGGUGGUCCUGGGUGGCUGGCUGGGGUCCCGUGCUGCCCUGGAUGCCAACAGCCUGCUACACCUGGAGCACUUCGUCCCCCUGGGUAGAUCACAGCCGGCCCUCCACUCGCCUGAGAGCGAAUGGAGGCUGGACCACGAGAUCCAAAGCGCUGUGCAUAAAGCCAUCCGAGACUUUGUGUCAUCUUGGUACCACACCAUGCUGACCGAGGAGGAGGGGCUGGGGGAGUUUGAGCACAUUAUGCGGGACGCCAUGUUGGAUUCAGUGAUGGAGCUGAAGGAGAGGGCUCGGUGCGUGGACAGGAGAGUGCUGGUCCAGAGGACCUUGGAGCUGUGUGGCUGCCACCUGCAGAGCUACAUGACAGCCAGGGAGAUGAUGAAGCAGGCAGAGGCACGGCUGGGGAUGCAGGACAGAGACAGCUCCAGCACCCCCAGCCUGUGGGAGCUCUAUAGCCAGGCAGAUGCCCCCCACCCAGCCCUGGCUAGUCCAGCCACGGAGCUCAGCUAUUCCCGGGCCGUAGUGGACCUCCUAAUGCAAGUCCUGGUCCCGUUCCCUCACCUGGAGACCAGGACAGGGAGAUACAUGGUGGGGGAGUUGAUCACCUGUAACGUCCUCCUCCCACUGGUCAGUAGGGUGUCCGAUCCUGACUGGCUCAACCUUACCAUUGUGGACUUGUUCACCAAAGCCAAAGAAUCACCGGAUGAGUCCCUCGAUGAGCUCUCUGAUACUCCAGUCCAGCUGCACAGGAGUCAGACACAGCAGGAGCUCUGGACCCAGACCCGUUCUACCUCCUGGCUCCAGACUCCGAGAGACCAGAACGAGUCCAGCAACAGCCCCACUCCUCCCAAGCCAGCCACUCCAGACUCCCUGGAAUCCAUGGAGUCCUACCAUACGGCAGUGCCAGAUCUGAAGGAGGAAACACGGCAGUACUGUGGGGCGAUCCUACCAAUGCCAUGCAUUGGUUCAUCGAUCAAAAUAAACAGUUGUCAUGUGUCUAUGGAUCUGCUGAGGUCCUGCAGCGGUGGCAGCCGCCUGUAUCAGGUUGUGGACUCGGACCUGGAGUCCCCAUCGACAGAAUCCAAUCAGCUCUCUGUGGAGUCCCUAGACCAGAUGGACUCCGAGGAGGACCAGACAGACAGCUUCUGUGACUGUACCUCCCCUACCAACUUCUGCAGUGUGUUUGAAGACGAGCCGCCUGGAUGCUUCGGCAACUUGAAGGUCCUGGGACCCAAGGUGUCCGAGCAGCCCCACUGGCCAGCGGGCAUGGCGGAGGAGCUGCCCCCAGGCUGCCCUGUCCCUCCAGGGAGGCUGUGUCUGACCCCCUUCAGCUUCGAACCCCUCAGCAGCCCAGAUGGACCCGUCCUUAUCCAGAACCUGAGAAUCACUGGUGCUGUGACAGCCAAGGAGCACCGCAGCACCGGCUCACACCCCUAUACUCUAUACACCGUAAAGUAUGAGACAGUGGUUGACUCGGAGAGCCUAGGUACUCUACAACCUGUAGCCUAUCACACUGUGAACCGGCGCUACAGCGAGUUCCUCCACCUGCAGACGCGCCUGGAGGAGAAGCCUGACCUCAGGAAGAUGAUUAAGAAUGUCAAGGGACCCAAGAAGAUUUUCCCUGAUCUUCCGUUUGGGAACCCAGAUAUCGACAAGGUGGAAGUUCGGAAAGGACAGCUGGAUACCUUUCUUAAACAACUGUGUACCAUCCCUGAGACGGCCAACAGCGACGAGAUGCAGGAGUUCCUGGCUCUUCACACAGACGCCAGCACAGCCUUCGAGAAGAAACCAUUUGUUAUGUCCCGGAUUGAUAAGAUGAUGGCGAAUGCUGUAGACACUCUGAAGACAGCAUUCCCUCGUGCUGAGGACGACCUGGAUGGAGAGCCUGCUGAUGCGAGGAAUGCCCCAGAAGGAAGGAAGAGGUCUGUCCGGCUGAGGUUCUCCAGCAAAGUCGCCCCUACUCUCAAUAUACCUGAAAUCCAGCCCAGAGUCAUAUACUGCUUCAAUGAAGGGAGCACUGUGUUCCAUGGCCUGUCCCUGUCUGGUCUGGAGGGCUUUAUAAAGGACCAGGAGGCUCUGCUCUAUGCUCCCCAGGAGAAGGAGGCUGACGGGAGGAGGUUCAGCGUGCUACCUGGCAAAGACAGGAAGGGAGGUGGGGGUCGGGAGAGAAAACUACGGGGGACAGACACGGCCGUGGCAGACGUAGCUCUGAACAUCCUGUGUCUGCUGAUGAAGGACCAGUGGAGCUGGCUCUGCACUGAGAACAUACAGAAGACCAUCAGACUGCUGUUUGGCACCUUCAUUGAGAGGUGGCUGGAUGUGGGCAUGGCCCACCUGACCAGUGCUCCCUGCUGGGCGAUCUACCUCCAGGUGAUGCAGGAGGCAGUGUGGCCCGGGGGUGUCCUCCCUGAUGGGCCCCGUCCUGACCGCAGCCUCAUCCAGAGAGAAGAGACCAGGCAGCAGUGUCUGCACUGCCUCACACAACUACUACCAGACCUGAUUGCUGACAUGCUGGGUUCUGAGAAGUACAGAGUGAGCUGGGAUAUGGCACUGGCGUCUCUGCAGGACCCUAACAUCAACCGGCACCUGAUCUACUGUAUCUGUGACCUGCUGUUGGAGUUCCUGAUUCCAGAGUCUUCAGAGGAGGGCUUUCAGAGAUCUCUACUACACAGUCUCUUUGGAGACGAAGAGAUGCUUUCUGCUUCAGCUUGACGACACACCAACACACCACCCCUCUCUCUGCUCACCUGUCACUAUCCCUAUCUAUUACCCUCUACCCCCUCCCAUCCUGGCUGGCUCAUCAGUAUGGUAACCGUGGUCCUGCUGGGUUAAUCAGAAUGGGACCAGAGAUUUACUGGAGCUUCUCAUGAGGUCAGAGAAGAAAGGUGAGGAGCGUGGAGAAGGGGGGAGGAGGGGGAGGAGGAAAAGGGCUGGGAAGAUAGGAGGGGUGGGAAGGCUGGGAAAUGGGCUCUUGAACUCCUUACACUUUAUAGGCAACGCUCUAAAAUGACUGACACUUUAUUGAAUGUAUUCUCAAGGCACUGUGUUGGUGAUUGUGCUAAUAUUGUGUUUUAAUUAGAUGCUUGUGUAGAGAAACACAUUUAUGUAGAUAUGUAUGUACAGUAUAUGCAGUAAUAAUUUUAUGUGUUUAUUUAUUUAUAUGUAAAAUGCAGUAUGUGUGAUAUCAAUAGAUAUACAGUGGGGUCUGAAAUAAUUUGACCCCCUUGAUAAUGAUGAGCAAAAAUGACUAUAUAAAAUAAAUCAUACUGAGCUACUGUA